AUGAGGCUGCAGUGCAGCAGGCGGAUCGCGGUCGCUGCGAGACUGGUCAGGAUGGCGCGGACGCCGACGUCGAAGACGGCCGCUGCCCCCAAGGCCCCCGGCCUGCGUCGCACCCCGAGCCAGGACGGCCCCGCGAGGGCACAGAGCGCUGGCAAGCGGACGCUGACGACGUCCCAGGCCGCGACGGCCACCCAGGAGGCGAUUCCGGCGGAGGUGGGGGGCCUGUACGAGGGCGCGAUGCCCAAGGCUGAGAUUGGCGCGCUGAAGCUCAUCGAGCGCAACGCGAGGUGGGACGGCCGCGGCACGAUCGUCGCGAUCUUCGACUCCGGCGUCGAUCCUGCCGCCGCGGGGCUCCAGGUCACGAGCGAUGGGAAGCCGAAGGUCAUCGACAUCAUCGACUGCACGGGUUCCGGCGACGUCGACACCUCCCAGGUCGUGCAGGCGGACAAGGACGGCGUCAUCGAGGGCGCGAGCGGGCGGAAAAUGAAGGUCAACCCAGACUGGGACAACCCGAGCGGCGAGUGGCGCGUCGGCUGCCGCCGGCUGUUCGAUUUCAUGACGUCGUCGCUCAUCAACCGCCUCAAGCGGGAGCGCGCGAAGGCGUUCGACGAGGCGCAGCGCGCGGCGGUGGCGGCCGCGGGGAAGGCCCUCGCGGACUUCGACCGCGAGAACCCCUCCCCUGACACGGAGGGGGGCAAACGGAGGGAGGAGCUGGAGGCGCGAGUGAAGCUGCUGACGGAGCUGGCGGAGAAGCGGAAGGACCUGGGGCCGAUGGUGGAGUUCGUGGUGUGGAAGGACGGCGAGGGGUGCUGGCAGGGCGCGGUCGACACGGCCGACCUGUACGCGGAGGGGUCUGGCGAGGGGGCCCUGGGGGACUUUUCUCCCAUGACGGACUUCGACGUGAAGCGCCAGUGGGCGGUCUUCUCCCCGACGGACUCGUGCACGUUCGGGUUCCACUUCUACCAGGACGGCGACGUCCUCUCCGUCGUCACCGACUGCUCCCCGCACGGCACGCAUGUCGCGGGCAUCACCGCCGCCUACCACCCGGAGGACCCCGCGCUGAACGGCGUGGCGCCGGGGGCGCAGAUCAUCUCGUGCAAGAUCGGCGACGGCCGCCUGGGGUCGAUGGAGACGGGCCCCGGCCUCACGCGUGCCAUCGCAGCAUGUAUCAAACACAAGUGCGAUUUGAUCAAUAUGUCGUACGGGGAGGCGACGCGGACGCCGGACGCGGGGCGCUUCGUGGACCUGGCGAACGAGGUCGUGAACAAGCACGGCGUGCUGUUCGUGUCGAGCGCCGGGAACGCCGGGCCGGCCCUGACCACGGUGGGAGCCCCCGGGGGGACUUCGUCGGCGAUCAUCUCGGUCGGGGCGUACGUGACGACGGACCUCGCGCAGACGGGGCACAGCGUCAGGGGCGACAGUCCGGGCGACCAGCAGUACACGUGGUCGUCCCGCGGCCCGACCUCCGACGGCUACCCGGGCGUCACUCUGUCGGCCCCCGGCGGCGCGAUCGCCCCCGUGCCGCAGUGGACCACCCAGAAGCGCCAGCUGAUGAACGGCACCUCGAUGGCGUCCCCGUCGGCUUGCGGAGGCAUCGCGCUCGUGCUGUCGGCGCUGAAGGACCUGGACAUCGCGCGCGACCCCCCGCGCGUCCGCCUGGCCCUCGAGAACACGUGUCGCCCCCUCGGCGACGAGGAGGUGGGGCCGUGGGUCCUGACGUCGGGCCGCGGGCUCAUCCAGUGCGACGCCGCGGUCGAGUACCUCGAGAAGUCCUCCAACAUCCCCUUCGGCGACCUCCGCUACGACGUCCACGUGACUGCGUCAGGGUCCUCUGCGCGCACGCGGGGGUUGUACCUCCGGGACCCCCCCACGCACGCCUCGAAGCUCCAGGCCACCGUCUCCGUGACACCCGCCCUCCACGACUCCUCGGACGUCGCCACGGAGCGCUGCAACGUCGAGGAGCGCCUCGAGCUGGUGACAACUGCCCCUUGGGUGCACGCGCCCUCCAAGCUCCUGCUCCACCACCUCGGGCGGGUGUUCAACGUCGAGGUCGACCCGACCGCGCUCGCGCCCGGGGUGCACUACGCGGAGAUCCACGCGUACGACGCCGCGGCGCGCUGGCGCGGCCCGCUGUUCCGCGUCCCCGUGACGGUGACGCGCGGCGAGCGCCCGGACCCGCCCCCGUUCAUCGACCUGGGGGAGUUCGCGUUCGAGGCCGGGACGGAGGUGCGGCGCUUCGUGGAGGUCCCGCAGGGCGCCACGUGGGCGGAAGUGCGCUUCGAGAGCGUCGAGUCGGACGUGCCGCUCAACUACAUGCUCCGCGCGACGCACCUGAUGCCGCAGCAGCGGUACUCCGACACGGAGGCGCGGUCGUUCGUGAGCCUCGAGCCGCACUCGCAGCACGCGCUGCACCUCCCGCUGUCGGGCGGCACCACGAUGGAGAUCACCAUGAGUCAGUUCUGGACGGCGCUGGGCAGGUCCAAGCUGCGGUGCUCCGUCGACUUCCACGCGAUCACGUGCCCGCCGCAGGUCCACAUCGACGGCGCCGUCGGCGUGCGGCCCGUCGACCUGUGGGCCCCGCUGCGCCCCGAGGCCGUCUCUCCCGACGCCAAGCUGGCCACGGUGCGCAUUCCGGUGACGCCGCACGCGUCGCGGAUCGUGCCGUCGCCGGACGCCCGCGACGAGCUCCCCGAGGGACGCACGAUCCACCUGAUGCAGCUCGACUACAAGCUCAAGCUCACCGAGGCCGGAAAAGUGACGCCGCGCAUCCCGAUGAUCAACGCCCACGUGUACGACGCGGUCUUCGAGGGGCAGAUGUACUUCCUGCGCGACAAGAACGGCCGGCGGGUCGCGACCGGGGACCUGUACCCCGAGCCCGUCGACCUCAAGGCGGGGGACUAUACCCUGACGCUGCAGCUCCGGGAUGAGUCGGUCGACGUGCUCUCCGCGUGGGAGGACACGACGGUUGUCUUCGAGCGCGCUCUCGCCGCGCCGAUCGAGGUGCCGUGCUACGCGAGCAUGGCCAACGCCGUCAACGCGAAGCCGGCCUUCAAGGGCCGCACGCUGGCGCGCGGCGAACGCGCGAGGGUCUUCCUGGGGCCUGUGCCCGCCGACAAGCUUCCCAAGGACGCGACGCCUGGCUCGGUGCUCGCCGGGACGGUCGCGUGGGGCACCAAGGGCUCCACGAAGGGCGGCGGCGGCGGAGGGGCGUGCGCGGACCGGCGGCAGCUGUCGAUGACGGUGGGGCCCAAGAAGCAGCCGAAGAAGAAGGAUGAGGCGAAGAAGACGGACGAGGAGAAGAGCAAGGAGCAGGAGAUGAUCAAGAAGGCCAUCGCGCUCCUGGGCAAGCUGGACCGGGAGGAGGCGGGCCAGAAGAAGUUGUUUGAUGCGUUGGUGAAGGGUCUGGCCGAGGGCGACGACGCGCUGGCGGCUGCGAGCGAGGUGCUCAAGGCGAAGGAGGCGGACGUCGCGGACGAGGCGAAGCGGACGCCGCAGGCGCACCGCGCGGUGGUGGAGGCUGCGGAGGCGGUGCGCAAGUGCUGCGACGAGGCGGCCAUGGCGGCGUUCGCGGCGCGGAAGAACUCCGACGACGAGACCGAAGACGAGAAGAAGCACGCGGAGAAGAUGGCCGAGCAGACCAAGGCGUACGUCACGGCCUGCGAGGCCGAGGUGCGCGCGCUGCUGGAGCUGCACCCCGACGCGCCGAAGAAGGCCGCGGGCGCCGACAAGGACCCCGAGGACCCCGUGCGCGCGGCGUGGAAGCGGCUGCGCGCGUGGGCGGACACGAGCGACGCGAAGUACGCCGUGCUGAACGCCAGGGUGGAGAAGCGCGCGGGCAACACUGCCAAGGCGGUCAAGGCGCUGGAGAAGGUGACGGGCGGCGGGGACGAGCCGCCGACGAAGGAGGCGCUGGAGCUGCGCGCGGAGCUGUUCGAGAAGCUCGGGUGGCAGCACUGGGCGCGCGCGGAGAGGAGCCAGAAGCUGGCGUGCUUCCCGCCGACGCCGGACCUGUUCUGA